AUGUCGGAUCCACGAGUUCUUAUCAAAGAGGCAGAAGCCCUGGCGAAACCAGUGGCUUGGUAUAAUCUGAGUAGCAAAAUGAAAGGAAGCCAAGAAGACAACUAUGACAUGGCGGGACAGAAAUACAGAGAGGCUGCGAAUGCAUACCGCCUUCAACAUCAAUAUAAGGAGGCUGGCGACACAUUUCUGUUCCUGGCGACCUUCUAUGAGACCAAGAUGAGAGACAUGGAAAAUGAGGCUGCCAAUAUGCGUGUAGAGGCUUUCAACACAUGGAGGAAGACACAUCCGGAGCUUGCUGCCGGUGCGCUCCGCCAGGUUAUUGAUCAUUUCAAAAAGACCAAUCUCCGAAGAGCUUCAAAGUUCAGUGAAGACCUUGCGAAACUCUAUGAGAUCGAACUAGGUGACAAUGAACGGGCCCUAGCAGAAUAUGAAACUGCAGCGAUGGGGUACCAGAACGAUAACGCAGACGCACUUGCCAACAAGAACUUCUUGAAGGCGGCAGAUCUGUCAGCACUGGCAGGAGACUACUACAAGGCCAUUGGGUACUACGUCGAAGUCGCCAAGCAAUCCAUCUCCAACAAUUUGAUGCGAUAUAGUGUCAAAGAAUAUCUCUUCAAAGCUGGGAUCUGUCACCUUGCUACCAAUGAUACACUGGGAGCAACCAACGCAUUUACAGAGUAUGCAGCACUUGACAACAACUUCGCGAUUGCACGAGAGCACAAACUUCUUGUUGACCUGGCUGAGGCCGCAAAUGAAGGCAAUGAUGAGGCUUUCUCUGAGGCCUUGUAUUUGUUUGAUCAGAUGUCUAAGCUUGACGACUGGAAGACAGCGAUACUGAGACGUAUCAAGGAGAAUAUCCAGAACAAGCAAGAAGAUUUCUCCUGA